AUGAAGCGUAGCGAGUGGCGCGUGAGGGCGCGUUCAGGAGGGAGCACGCCAGCCGCGGGGACAUCCGUAGCGGGGAAGGCGCUGUCGUGGCAGGAUAAGGAGGUGUACCGAACGUUCUGGAAGUACGGGCAGCACACGAUUGGGCUGCUGCAGGGUGUGUUGGCCACGAUCGACCUGAGGAUCAACCACAGGGUCGUUCAGGCCACCAAGCCGUUCGACGAAUACCCCCCCAACAUCCACCGCGCUCUCGAGAGCCUGUUGGAGUAUCGCCUGCGCCAGCCGCCCAGGCCGCCCAGAGCAAGCGACCCUGUUGCUCCGGGCCACAACCGGACGAGGAGGAUGCAGGGUCGGUGGCCGCGGCGGUUCAAGGAGAUCUGCUUCUUUCUGAGCGCAGCUGGGGUGCCGUGCCCGCCUGACUGGCAGCAGCAGGUGGAAGCGGCUACUACCGCUGCUUUGGCCGCUGCUGCUGGCGCUGGUCGCCCCAGGGCUGUUGGGUAUGCUGCUGCUGCUGCUGCUGCUGCCGCUGCUACUGCUGCUGCUGCUGGUGCUGGUGCUGGUGCUGCUGUUCGGCUUCCCGGUCAGCCGUUGCGUGGCAGGAAGCGGAAGGCAGAGGGUGUUGUGGAGGGUGUGAGAGGGAGUGUGAGGAAGGGUGUGAGAGGGAGUGUGAGGAAGGGUGUGAGAGGUGGGCUGAGGAGGGGCAGGGGAAGGCGGAGUGGGGAAGAAAGCCAGGAGGAGCGGGACAGAGUUGGUGAUAGCUUGGCUGAUGCCGGAGUGGUUGAUGACAACGGUGGCAAUGGUGGUGAUGGUGAUGAUGAUGAUGAUGUUGGAGAGGUGGUUGAUGGGGAUGCUUCCUGCAAGGGCACGAAGCGUUCCAAGAAGUCUCUGAAGGUGGCUGCUCGGGAUGCUGCGCGCAAGGGUUUGAAGAGUUCCGCCCGUGCCAAGCCGGCGGCAGCAGCUGAUAAGCCUGAGGGCAUGGCAGGGGGUGUAAGAAAGGUUGGUGUUUCCUCUGGUGUUUCCUCUGGUUGUGAGGACAGAAUGGCUGGGAUGGGCAGUCACAGUAGCGGUCGUCACAGGGUGAAAGUGAGGGAGGGAGGCGGAGAUGGGGAGAAAAAGGCUGCUGAUGGGGAUGGGGAGGGAAAGGCUGCUGGCGGAGAUGGGGAGGGGAAGGCUGUUGGGGAAAGGAAAAUCGCUGGUGGCGAUGGGAAGAGGAAAGCUGCUGGUGGCGAUGGAAAGAGGAAAGGCGCUGGUGGCAGGAAGGCUGCUGGUGAGCGGGACUUCUGCAGCACGAAGGCAGGGAGGAGGAGCCGGGCGACAAUGCGCUGCUUGGAGCAGUCGACCAGGGAGAGGCUCUGUGAGAUUGCCAAGCAGGCAGAGGAGGCGAACAGGCGCGCUGUGGAGGCAAAGAGGGCGCUGGUGGAUAAGUACUUGGGUAUUUUGAAAGAAAAGCUUGAACAAGGGGUGGGGGAGGAGAGGAGGAUGAUUGCUGAGGUGGUUGCGAGGGAGGAGGCUAAGCUGAGGCAGAAGCUUGAACAGGGGGUGAAGGAGGAGAGGAGGAUGAUUGCUGGGGUGGUUGCGAGGGAAGAGCCAGCAAUGAAGCGCAGCGAAUGGCGCGUGAGGGCGCAUUCGGGAGGGAGCACGCCAGCCGCGGACGGAGCACCGGGGAAAUCCGAAGCGGGGCACGCGCUGACGUGGCAGGACGAGGAGGUGUACCAAAUGUUACGGAAGUACGGGCGGUACGCGAUUGGCCUGAUGGAGGGUGUGCUGGCCACGAUCGACGUGAAGCUCAACGAGAGAAUUGUCCAGGCCACCAAACCUGUCAGCGAGUACCCCUCCAACAUCAUCUGUGCCCUCGAGAGCCUGAAGGAGUACCGUCGCCAGAGGCAGCUCAGCCUCAGGCUGCCCAGGGCCAGCAGCAACAGCGCUGCUCCGGUCGGCAAACGGAGGAGCAAACUGCAGGGGCGGUGGCCGCGGCGGUUCAAGGAGAUCUGCUUCUUUCUGGGUGCAGCGGGGGUGCCGUAUCCCCCGGACUGGCAGCAGCAGGUGGAAGCGGCUACUGCUGCUGCUCUGGCCGCUGCUGGUCCUCGCCGUCGCAGGGCUGCUAGGUCUGCUGUUUCCGCCGCUGGUGCUGCUGGUGCUGCUGCUGCUGGUGCUGCUGCUGCUGCUGGUGCUGCUGCUGGUGGUGGUGGUGGUGCUGCUGCUGCUGCUGUUCAGCAUCCCAGUCAACCCUUUCGUGGCAGGAAACGGAAGGCAGAGGGUGCAGUGGGGGAUGUAAGGGAGGGUGCGAGGAGGGGCAGGGGAAGGCGGGGUGGGGAAGAAAGGCUCGAGGAGCAGAGCUUGGCUGAUGGCAGAGGGGUUGAUAAUGGUGAUGGUGAUGAUGAUGAUGAUGUUGGAGAGGUGGUUGAUGGGGAUGCUUCAUGUAAGGGUUUGAAGCGUUCGAGGACGACUCAAAAGGUGGCUGGUAGGGGUGCUGCGUGCAAGGGUUUGAAGACGCGCAGGGGUUUGAAGAGCUCCACCCGCGGCAAGCCGACGGUGGCAGCUGAUAUGCCCAUGGGCGUGGCACGAGACAUAAAGGAUGUUGGUGCUUCUGUUGGUGUUUCCGGCGGUGUUUCCCGUGGUAUUUCGUCUGGUCGUGAGAACAGAGUGGCUGGGAUGGACAGUCAUAGGAGCGAUCAUCGCAGGGUGAAAGUGAGGGAGGGAGGUGGGGAUGGGGUUCAUAAGGCCGCUGACAGGAAUGGGGAGGGAAAGGCUGCUGGGGACAGGAAGGCUGCUGGUGGCAAUGGGAAGAGGAAGGCUGUUGGGGAGAGGAAAAUCGCUGGUGGCGAUGGGAAGAGGAAGGCUGCUGGUGAGCGGGACUUCUGCAGCACGAAGGCAGGGAGGAGGAGCCGGGCGACCAUGCGCUGCUUGGAGCAGUCGACCAGGGAGAGGCUCUGUGAGAUUGCCAAGCAGGCAGAGGAGGCGAAUAGGCGCGCUGUGGAGGCAAAGAGGGCGCUGGUGGAUAAGUACUUGGGUAUUUUGAAGGAAAAGCUUGAACAGGGGGUGGAGGAGGAGAGGAGGAUGAUUGCUGAGGUGGUUGCGAGGGAAGAGGCUAAGCUGGCACGCAUUGCUGGCUUGCUGUGA